UUUGUACUGGUACAUUACAAUAUUCUCCAUCAUCGUAGUCCAUAUUUUUGUCCCUUGUUCAUUUCUUUAUUUCAAUUUCAAACCUUUUCCUCUCCCUUCCAUCACAUGGAUUCUUUCAACCCCUAUACCCUCUUACGCAACCACAAAAUUAAAAUCAAAACCACUUUUUUUAUUGUUACACAAAUGAAGAAAUCACAUUUCCCCUGAAUUUUCCCAUCUCUUAACUUUUUAGGUCAAUCGGAGAAACCUUUCACCCCGGGUGCGUAGGAUUAGGAACUUACAAAACAAAACCGUGUUGUAUUUGUUUUAAUCUGGACCGUACACGUGUACGCAGAUGGGAGCGGAAGUGAUUGUAACAAACUGGGGCACUUGGGAGGAGCUCCUCCUUGGCGGAGCUGUUCUCCGCCACGGAACUCGAGAUUGGACGGUGGUUGCCGCUGAGCUCCGAGCCCGUACACUUUCUCUUUCUCCAUACGCUAUCACACCAGAGGUCUGUAAAGCCAAAUACGAAGACUUGCAACAGCGCUAUUCAGGGUGCACGGCUUGGUUUGAGGAGCUUAAGAAGAGAAGGGUAGCAGAGCUUAAGAAAGCUUUGGAACAAUCCGAAGAUUCAAUUGGGUCUCUUGAAUCGAUGCUUGAAUCUCUCAAGGCCGACAAGAAUGAGAAAAAAGAUGAUUGUCGUGUUGACAACGACACAGUUGGACCAGAAUUAGACGUUCCUUUGCAAAAAUUGGAGAGAGUUGAAUCUUCCACUAAAGAAGUGUCGAAGGAUGGACUAUCUGCAGGGAGUUUCACACAUCAAACCGAGACAAACUGGUCGCAUGAAUGCCAGGUUCCUGCAAUGUCUUCUGAAGACAUGGAGAUUAGCCCUGAAGUUUCAGGGUCUAUUGAAAAUGAUAAAAUUUUGAAUGUAGAUAAGUUGACACAUACUGUGUAUGAAGGACAGGGAGGGUGUUGUAAAAAACGGAGAGGAAAGAGAAAGAGAAAGGAUUGCGGCAAAAAUAUUAAUGAAGUGAGUGUAAAAGAAAGUGACUUUUCAAUUGAUAUGUCCCGGUUUAAAGAAAGUUCUACCAGCAAUUGUGGCGAGGUUGUCAAAUCUUCUGGUAUAACCGAGGAGAAUGCUAACUUGAAAAGGGAUGAAGUGAAAGAUAUGACAGAGAUUUUAGAUUCUGUUUUGGAAAUCAAAGGUGCUUCUGCCUUCUGUCGCAAGCAUGAUAGCCAGAAGCGAGCAAGGUAUAGGCAGUUAAUUCGAAGACACAUGGACUUUGAUGCUAUAAGGUCAAGAAUUAGCAACAAAACUAUUAAUACAAUGAUGGAGCUUUUCAGAGAUAUGCUUCUACUGGCCAACAAUGCUUUGAUCUUUUACUCCAAGAACACUCGUCAAUAUAAAUCUGCUCUACUAAUGAGAGACGUUGUCACCCAAAAACUGAAGGAGAAUGUCAAGUUUUUCAACAGGAGUGUUGUUAAUAUUAAUGUAUCGAAUUCUAUGAAAUUACCUGAUCACGAUCCAUCUGUGAAAGUUGAAACCGUUCACCCUGGUGACAAAAAGAUCGUGGUUGCAAAGGCAGGUGGUGGGAGCAAUCCCACGUCUGGGAUUUCACGCGGAGACAAGAAGCCUAGUAGGGGUAGUAAAGAGGAUUCCCCAUCUUCAGUAAAAUUGUUACACAUCAAGAAAGGUUUUGGUGGACCUAAAAAACUUGAACCUGCGACUCCGCUAAAGGAAAUGAAGGAAAAGAAAAGAAGGAGAACUAAGUAAUGAUGCCAAAGAUUUGGCUCUCAGACAUUCAAUGUAGGAAAUGCAGAUGGAACAACAUAUUCUAUUCAUGUGAUUUCGGGUCUUAACUUAGCGUCCCACUUUUCUGUUAGACUUUCAUGCAACCAUAAGGAAUUUGGACAAGUUACUUGAAACAUGUUUUGUGAAAAUAGUUGUAGAUUACAGCAACUACUAAUCUAGCUAGGCAAGUUUACUAGUAAAGUAGGUAGUUUUACAUAUGUUAGUGAAUCUUUUCUAGUUUGUAAAUGUGUUUUUUUUUUCUUUCAAACACAAGGAAUAUAACUUUAUAAAAUGGAGAAAGGUGAUAACGCAGCA